UACCUAAAUAAUAACUAACAUUUUCAAAGAUAAAAGCAACUCACUUAUUACUGUAUAGCUUUUGUAAACGUCUUUAAGAAAUGGCUAGGAAAAUAUCAAAGGCAAAGGUUUCCGAACAGAUAGAAAGGGAUGAGGAACAAAAAAGGAUAAAAAGAAAAGCAAUUGAUGAAUUGGAAUUGCGAAGAUUAACCAGACAGGCUAGGAUGAUGAAGGAGGCGAAACUGAAAGAUGCUUUUGUAGAAAAGAAUAAGAAAGUUAAAAAUAUAAUAAUCAAGGAAAAUGACGACUUGCUGGACAAUCUAAGUUUGAUGAAGUCCAAAAGGCGAUGUCUGGUCGACACAAAACAAGCACAAAACAUUGCAAAUCUUUUCGCACAAGGGGAUGGCCUGGACGCUGCCAUUGCUCAAGAGAAGGACUACAUACGAGACUUGGAGUCUCAGAUACAGAAGGAUACUGUGAACGUCCAGUCUGUCAAGAGGACGAAAGGAGCUAAUGUGGUCAUCAGUGAAUAUAUGCAGAAAAGGGAGAACGAACGAGCCGCGAGAACCUUGGAAGCCUGGAACUCAAGACUGGCUGCUGAACAAUCUCAGCUGGCGUCGACAAUAAAUGAAAAUAAAGAAAUGCGAGCUAAGCUGCAACAGCUGUUGAAGCAGAAAGGUCAAUUCAACAAACUGUUUGAAGAACUCAUGGCGAAACUGAACAAAGGUAAACGAGUGAUGGCGGAAAUCGUCGAACAAUCCCGGAUAGAGUUCCAGAAGAGGGAUGAAGUGUCCAGGAAGAUCGAGGCUCUCAAAAAUCGAGACAAGGCAGAUUUAGUCAAGAGGAUGGAGGAAAUGCAGAAUUUGGAGAAGAAGUUUUAUGAAGACCAAAGACUGGCAGAUUUUAGAUCUCGGGUACAGUUCGUGAGGGAGAAACUAGUGGACGGAGUACGCAAGAGCAACAAAGACACGGUAGAGCAAGAGAAGUUGACUAAGAGGUUAGAAAUGGCGAACGAGUUGUUGGACCUACUAAAAGAGACGACUGGACUCAACACUAGUGAUGAAAUAUAUAAAAGUAUAGUCAACGAGGAGUCUUGUCUCUUCAGCAUGUUCAACUUCAACAACGAGAUUCGAGAUCAGCUGGAGGUUUUGACCCAGAAGACGGUAGAUGUAAUCCGAACGGUUGACGACGAACAGAUGAUGGCAGAAGAGCGAAUGGAACAAGAGCUAAAGUCAAGAAACUCUAUGGAGAGGAAACUGGAGACGUUAGAGCAGACUUAUAACGACUUGGAAGAUCAUUACGAAGCCAACGCUAGAAUGUUCAGACGGUUGCUGGACAAAACCAAAGCGCUCUUCGAUUUGACGAAAUGCAGGACAACCGUUCUGCAAGAUCUUCUGGGAAACAACCAACAGGUGACUGAGCACAACUACAAACUCUACCUGAGCCUAGUAGAGACUGAAGUGAUCACUAACUUGGAGUGUCUAACUCUCAGCUUCCCAGUGCAUCAUACCAGAGCUGGCCGGGCUAUAUCCGCCAAGACCCUCUCCGUUCGCUCCAUGGCCAAGGUCAAGUCAACCAUCUCCAUCAUCAACAAGAAAGUGGUCACCAACGCGUGCGGGGAAUGUGAAGGUACAGUGAGGCCGAAGUGGGUGUGAGAGUAUUUUGGUCCGAGUCCCUCCUCAGACAGGAGACUGUUUACUUAUCCGGUAGAGGAUUUUAGACAACGGGCUUCAGACGGAAUAGAAUCUGGCUGAAAAACAACAUUGGCUACAGUCAACACAAAUUCUUCAAAUAAAG